AUGUCCAGACGCAGUGGUCGCAUCACACUUCAAACCCGAGAUUCGAACGCACCCGAGCCGACCGUCCGAGCGCCGCUGAAGAAGAGGAAACCAGAGUCGUCCACGAAGAAACUCCAACCUGCUGCUAAGAAACAAAGCUAUGAAAUCCAGACGUGUUGGUCGGAGGACGGAGCGAGUCCGUGCGUCCUCAUCGAAACCCCCCACAAGCAGCUGGAGCCGUCGGACCCGUCCAGCUUCAAACAACAAUUCAUCUUCAAGAACCUCUUCAUCAAGGCCUCGCCCAUCCCCCGCCUCAGUUGGGCGAGUUCCGACGACGUGUGGAUCAAGAUGCUGAACAAGGAGCUGAAGUACGUCCACGAUAAGAGUUACCUGCAGCGGCAUCCCAAGCUGCAGCCCAACAUGAGGGCCAUCCUGCUGGACUGGCUGCUGGAGGUGAGUGAGGUUUACAGCCUGCACCGCCAGACGGCCUCGCUCGCCCAGGACUUCUUCGACCGCUUCAUGCUGACGCAGGAGAACGUCAACAAAGACUUCCUGCAGCUCAUCGGCAUCACGGCGCUCUUCAUCGCCUCCAAGAUCGAGGAAAUUUACCCUCCUAAAAUCUACGAGUUUGCCUACGUGACCGACGGCGCCUGCGACAUGUGGGACAUCCAGCGCACGGAGCUUCACAUCCUGAAGGCGUUGGAGUGGAACCUCUGUCCCGAGACGCCCAUCUCCUGGCUGAAGCUCUACGCUCAGGUCGAAGCCCAGAAAGACGACGAGAACUUCCUGGUUCCGCAGUUCUCACAGGAAACGUACAUCCAGAUGACGCAGCUGGUGGAUCUGUGCAUGAUGGACCUCAACUCGCUGGACUUCGGCUACAGCGUCAUCGCCGCCUCCGCCUUCUGCCACUUCUCCACCUUCGACGUGGUCCAUCAGGUCUCAGGUCUGACGUGGGAGAGCGUGGCGCCCUGCGUCCGCUGGAUGAGUCCGUUCAUGGACACGCUGCGAUCGGAAGCCACGCCCCAGCUCAAGACUUUCCCCAGAGUCAAAGCCGACGACCGACACAACAUCCAGACGCACGUGUCCUAUCUGGAGCUGCUGAGGAAGGCUCAGGAGCGCCGGCUGGACGAGCCCGACUGUCAGAUGUCGCCCGUCGCCGUCAGCGCCAUGCUGACUCCGCCCAGCAGCACGGAGAAACCGACCAAUCCCUGAGCAGGAUGGAACACGAUGGUUAACACUACCUCUCCGCCGCUUCGCCUGAAGUCGACGGCGUCGGAUC